UGGGAGCUGUUCGUUGUAGGCGCUGCGGCUGGGAGGUGCUUUGUUCCUGCAGGCUGGUGGUUUUCGCAGACCGAGCUGUGCGGUUUCAAGGUUCUGUUGUCGGAGCGCGCGCUUUGCUGUUCACUCGGGGCUCCGCUGAAAGAAGGGCUCCCCGGCAUCGGGUCCCUGAGCAUUGCACGCUUAGUCGGUUUCAUCUUCAGUGAUCUGAUGCAUCUCCAGGCCACAUUAUUCUUUUGCUGAUUGUCAGAAUUCUGGAAUAUCCUAGUUAACUAUAGCUUCUCAGUAGAUCCUGCAGAUUCAAGAAAGUUCCAAUCAAAAUGACCAAACACAGACUCAUCCUGCUAAGACAUGGUGAAGGGGCUUGGAACAAAGAGAAUCGAUUCUGUAGCUGGGUUGACCAGAAACUGAGUCCUGAUGGGGUGAAGGAAGCUCAGAUCUGUGGGAGGCACCUCAAAAUGCUUGGUUUUGAGUUCGACCUUGUGUUUACCUCCAUUCUUAGCCGCUCUAUUCAAACUGCAUGGCUUGUGCUUGAGGAGAUGGGGCAGGAGUGGGUCCCCACUGAAUCUUCCUGGAGGCUGAAUGAACGACACUAUGGGGCGCUGAUUGGCCUCAACAGGACAGAGAUGGCUUUGAACCACGGUGAGGAACAAGUGAAAAAGUGGAGAAGGAGCUACGAUGUCACCCCACCCCCCGUCACUGAGGUCCACCCUUACUAUCAUGAAAUAUAUAGUGAUCGCAGGUAUGAGCACUGUGAUGUACCGAUGGAGAAGCUUCCUAAGUCUGAGAGCUUAAAACAAGUGUUGGAUAGACUCCUUCCUUACUGGAAUGAAAGGAUAGCUCCGGAAAUCAGGAGAGGCAAGACUGUGUUAAUUUCUGCCCACGGGAACAGCACGAGGGCUCUUCUGAAGCAUCUGGAAGGUAUCUCUGAUGAGGCUAUAGUCAACGUGACUCUUCCCACUGGUGUCCCAGUUCUCCUUGAACUUGAUGAAAAUCUGAAACCGCUUGGCCAGCACCAAUUUCUUGGUGACCAAGAAGCCAUACAAGCUGCCAUCAAGAAAGUGGAAGAUCAAGGGAAGGCCAAGCCUGUGGCUGAGAAAUAAAGACCACCUUACAAAUGCUUUGCCCGUAACUCUCAUGAUGUGCAGCAAAUAUGGCACUUUGUGGUUUGUACUGUGCCUACUUGCUUAGCUUUCACUUCUCACUAAGUGUUAGACAAGGGCUGUUAGAUUUUAGCAGUUUCUCUCUGGAGGUUGGAUUUCAUAUCCUACUAUGAGUCAUGGUGGCAAAUGAAUUGAUUAGGCUUUAGCUAGAACAACAGAAUGUUUCUGUAUAUUUUUCUCAACUUUUCAUAUGAGAGAAACCCUGUGUGAGAACCAGAUUUCUGCAAAUAAAUGGAGAAAACACUUUCUGAUUUAAUACAGGCUCAUAGGAGGAUUAUUAAGGACUGAGGAUCACACAUAGUAAACCUUCUCAAAGAUGGUUCACUCACCGUCUUAAUGUAGUCUUUUAUUUUUUAUCAUUGGACAGCCUCUUGCAUUGGGUAACCUAUUUGUCGGGCCCCACUUUUAUUGUAUAACUGAUGUUCAACUAAUUUUGAAUAAAGCCCUUAUUUUUAUUCCCUU